AUGAAGGUCACCAUGGCAGCUCUCACCCUCUUUGCCACCGUGGCUUUGGGCGCCAACACGACUUCUCUUUGCAAAUCUAUUCAAGGCACCGCGCUUCAGGAUAAUAGCAUCUGUACUUCAGCUGGCGGCAAGUCUCUAGGCAAGGGAAAUAAUUUGAGAAUCAAGAUCGAUUACGAGGCUGCCUGCGACGACAGAUCGGCCACGGCCACGCCUACAGGCGAGGCUUGCAGCUAA